AUGACCAUAGUUUCAAAUGAUCCCACUCAGUGGCCGUUCAUCAGUUAUUCUUCUCUCAUUAACUAUUUUGUAGCUGCAAGCUCUACUGUGGUGGUAUACGACUGGGUAUUAACAUUCGGACAAGAGUUCGAACUGAUGUUGAGGCAACGUUGGUCCUUCAUGACUGUUCUCUAUAUAUGUGUGCGCUACAUUGGAAUACUGUUUUCUGUCAUUAACAUCCUAUCAAUCCUCCCUGUCUCGAUCACUGAUGUAGUGGGUGCAUGGACCCCUGUCAUCGUAAAUGCUAUGCUAGGCGGUGAGCUCACUCGCACCUUCCUUACCGAUAUUGACUUGACGGAAAUAUCAUUUAAAGUCACCAUGAUUGCUCGGAUAAAUGCCAUGUAUCAGGGAUCUAAAAAGUUAUUCAUCUUUCUUGUUGUAACCUUGCUGGCUUGCACGAUAACCUCCGUUGUUAUGGUGGUAAUUGCAAACCUGGGUGUUUCAGCGCAGGAGGCCGUCCUUUCCGGCUACCAUAUCUGCAUUGACUACAAUUACGUGGCAAAUCUGACUUUCGAGAGUCUGGUAUCCACCGCUGCAUGGGAGAUCCUCGCCUUGUUUCUUGCACUCUGGAUUGUCAUAAAGCACAUCCGUGAACUGCGACAAUUGCCAACAGGAUUGACCAUUGGAGACUGUUUCACGAUGUUAAUAAAGAGUCACACGUUUUACUUUCUAGCCUUUACUAUUAUGGCUUCCUUGAGACUUGGCGCACUGUCUCAAACUCUUACGGACUCAUCGUCAGUAGGAAGUGAUGUUUACUUUGGCAUCUGGUCAAUCGCCGAGGUAUUACAGAUGUUUGUGCUGGGACCGCGUCUGAUCCUCAGCAUGCGAGAAUAUCACGCUAAGCUCGUGGCCAGGGCUGACGGGGAAAUAGGCAUGACGUCCUUCAGUACUUUCCGGGCAGGUGGAAAUGCGUUGACCGACGGAUAUGUGUAG